AAGAAACAUUUAUAGCUUUAAUCAUAUUUAUAGAAAAGAAAGAAAUAAGUGUCAUACACUAUUUCAAUUUGAUACACAAUAGUCAACAAGGAAAAAAAAAAGAACAGGAAAGAUUUAAGAAUAAAAACAAUGGAAGGAGGAGGAGGAGGAAGAAGAGUAGUAGUCAAUAAUUACGAUCUACACCAAGUAACAUCGUCGACGACGACGAUUCAAGAGAAUAUGAACUUCCUCAUUCCUUUUGAAGAAACCAAUGUGUUAACCUUUUUCUCUUCUUCUUCUACUUCAUCUUCUCUCUCUUCUCCUUCUUUCCCCAUUCACAACCCUUCCUCUAGUACUACUACUCAUACACCUCUAGGGUUUUCUAAUAAUCUUCAGGGUGGAGGACCCUUGGGAUCAAAGGUGGUUAAUGAUGACCAGGAGAAUUUUAGGGGAGGAACUAACAAUGAUGCUCAUUCUAAUUCUUGGUAAUUUAUCUCAUUAGAUUCGAAGAUGAAUCCUUUUUUCUACUUUUUUUUUCUUCGCCGUGAAUCCUUCUUCGUUUUUUUCAUCAAUAACUAAUCAAUAAAGUUAUGAAUUUAUAUUUCCUUUUUUUUUUUCCUGCAAUUUGUUGAGUUUCAAUAGAGUUAUAAACUCUCUAUAUACACAAAGACAUGACAUAUUUAGAUUAAACCUUCUUAA